CCCGCCCUGUGGGCUGGUCUCCUCUGCAGGGACAGAGUUCUGCUGUGGACCAGCAGCUCACGAAGACAUCGUGGUUUAAAAUAUGGCGCUGGUGGACGUCUUUGUCCCGCUGAGUCUCAGCUCGGUGCUCGGCGCUCUGAUGGUUAUUCUGCUGGUCUAUGUUGUGGUUUCCUCGUCGACUUCCGGCUCGCAGGAGUCCCGCAGGGAGCCUCCAGGACCUCGGCCGCUCCCCCUGCUGGGAAACCUGCUCCAGCUGGACGUCCGCAGACCACAUGAAACACUCUAUGAGAUGUCCAAGAAGUAUGGACCAGUCUACACCUUCCACAUGGGGUCCAAGAAGGUGGUGGUCCUCGUCGGCUACAAGACUGUGAAGGAGGCGCUGGUCACGCACAGCGAAGACUUUGGAGAAAGAGAACCUCUGACCACCGUCAAGGAGUCCAAGCUGGAGCACGGCGUUAUAUGGAGCAAUGGAGAUUCGUGGAAGGAGAUGAGACGCUUCGCUUUGACCAAGCUGAGAGACUUUGGAAUGGGCAAGAAGGCUUGUGAAGACAAGAUCAUUGAGGAAUCCCAACACCUCAUUGAUGUCUUCACCAGCCACAAAGGCGAAGCGUUUGACAACACCAAGAUCAUCAACUCCUCCGUGUCCAACAUCAUCUGCUCUAUGGUGUUUGGCAGCAGGUUUCGUUACGACGACCCCGUCUUUACGGCCAUGAUUCAGCGCAUCAACAGGACCGUCCAGAUAAUGGGCGCUCCAAGCAUGCAGUUGUACCAGAUAUUCCCUUGGUUAGGCAAGUGGUUCUUCUCUGUGAGAGAGGAGCUUCGCAGUCUGGGAACCGCCAACCGCAAGCAGGUCAUGGAGCUGGUCCGGGGCCUGAAGGAGACGCUCAACUCGCACGUCAGCAGAGGCUUUGUGGACGCGUUCCUCAUCCGUCAGCAGCAUCAGGAGGAGUCUGGUGAUGUAGGUUACUUCCACGAUCCCAACCUCAUGAUGACGGUGUCCAACCUGUUUGCUGCCGGCACAGAAACCACCUCAACCACAAUCAGAUGGGGGCUUCUCCUCAUGGCCAAGUACCCAAAGAUACAAGAGCAAGUCCGUGAGGAGCUGAAUAGGGUGAUCGGGGAUCGGCAAAUCCAGGUGAAGGACAGGAUGAACCUGCCUUUCACGGACGCCGUCAUCCACGAGACCCAGAGGCUGGCCAACAUCACCCCUAUGGCGCUUCCCCACAGGACCAGCCGGGACGUGACAUUCCAGGGUCACUUCAUCAAAAAGGGGACGACAGUGCACCCUCUCCUCAUGUCCGUCCUCUACGACGAAGACGAGUGGGAGAAGCCGCACUCCUUCCAUCCCGCCCACUUCCUGGACAAAGACGGGAAGUUCGUCCAGCGAGACGCCUUCAUGCCCUUCUCUGCAGGUCGCAGGAUAUGUCUGGGAGAGGGUCUGGCCAAGAUGGAACUCUUCAUCUUCUUCGCCACGCUCCUGCAGCGCUUCUGUUUCACUCCUCCACCGGGGGUCUCUGAGGACCAGCUGGACCUGACACCGCAGGUGGGCUUCACCCUCAGCCCGGCGCCCCACAAACUGUGCGCUGUCUCCUGCAUGCGAGCUUAGGUCUACAGAACUUCGGUUAAUAUUCUUAUGAAUAUCAUUGACAGAUUUGGAGGGGAGUUGAUCAAAUUUUUUAAGCAUAAAGACAUUUAUGUUAUUUCCUCUCGGAUUAUCCCAGAAUGACUUUCAGGAAUGUAUAGAAUGACACACAAAGCAAAUUGUACAUUUAAACAUUUUAAUCGAAUAGUAAAUUAUUGUGAAUAAAGAUGAUGUUUCCAUCAA